AAGUAGCGGCGCUAUAUAAUACGAUCUUUGGUUGAAGCAGAAACAGAUCACUAGAUAGACCUAGAUAGGGUCUGCUCAAUACUCAGGCCAAAUCCAAAAGCAACUUGAAACAAUUACAAAAUGUUUAGGAGUUGUUGCUAUUUUUUACUUAAAGGUACAUCAAAACGAGGACUAGAGUUAAGUCGCCAUGCAUCAGCAUCUGCAGCAUUAUUUCAUCCUGUGAGUGAACCUGCAUUGAAAGUGGAGGAAAGACGUACUGUCACAAUGAUUCCAGGAGAUGGAGUCGGACCAGAGCUAAUGCAGGCAGUGAGAGAGGUCUUCAAACACAUUGGAGCACCGGUAAAUUUUGAAGAGUUCCAUCUCAGUGAAGUGCAAUCACAUGGUGCUAGCCUGGAUGAAGUCGUAGAGUCACUCAAGCGGAACCGUGUCUGCCUUAAAGGAAUCAUAAACACCCCGGCUGGUGGUCCAGGAGAGCUGCAAACACUUAACAUGAAACUCAGACGGGAAUUGGAUGUUUUUGCAAAUGUUGUCCGUUGCAAAACUUUACCGGGUAUCAAAAACAGACACAAUAAUCUGGAUGUGGUUGUCAUCCGUGAACAAAUUGAAGGGGAAUACAGCGCUUUGGAACAUGAGAGCGUACCGGGAGUAAUAGAAUGCUUGAAAGUGAUUACAAGAGCAAACAGUAAACGCAUUGCAAAGUUUGCAUUUGAUUAUGCAACCAAGCAUGAUAGAAAGAAAGUAACAGCAGUCCACAAAGCGAACAUAAUGAAGUUAGCAGAUGGUUUAUUCUUGGAGAGUUGUAAGGAUGUUUCAGAGUUAUACCCUAAAAUUCAGUUUGAAUCAAUGAUUGUUGACAACACAUGUAUGCAGCUAGUCUCCAAUCCUCAUCAAUUUGAUGUCAUGUUAACGCCUAAUCUUUAUGGCAACAUCGUUGAUAAUCUGACCGUUGGAUUGGUCGGAGGUGCAGGGCUGGUCCCAGGGGAGAGUUUCUCAAAUGAAUAUGCAAUAUUUGAACCGGGUGCACGACACACAUUCACUGGAGCAGUAGGGCGCAACAUUGCAAAUCCCACGGCCAUGCUGCUCUGCUCGGCAAACAUGCUGAAACAUAUGAAUUUGAAUAUCCAUGCAAGAUUAAUAAGCGAUGCUGUAGAAAGAGUGGUCAAAACGGGAAAGGUUCGAACUCAGGACAUUGGUGGCUAUGCUACCAGCACAGACUUCACUACUGCAGUUAUAAACAGUAUUAGAAUGUAAUGUGCAUUCAAUAAAUAGAGCUAUGGACCUGCAUUAUACCAAUCAGCUAACAUUCACAUGGCUAUGGUCAUAUUAGCAUCUCUGUUUAAAGCUCAGUGUACAUUAUCAAAUUAAGUGACACAUUUGUGUGGAUGAUGUCAUAUUACACCCAUAUGGCAAAUCCACAUGCAUUUAUCACAUAAAACUACAUAGUGUGGACCGUGUCUAAAGCUAUUAUUACUGUUACAUUUGUUGGAAUUUAUAGUUUACUGGAAUGUUCAUAAGUGAUUAUUUAUUGUGAAAUAAUGACUGGAGUUUUAUCGAACACUCUGAUGUUAUAUCAUUUGUAUUUGAUAGUACAGUAGGUGUAUAGUUGUAUGGAACUCGGCUAUAGUAAAACUCAGCUAUAGCAUAUAUCGUUCCACAUCCGCUAAAAAAAUUCAGGCCUAGUUCAGACUAGGUGGAUAAACCCAGCUUAACUCACCGGGUUUAUCCACCUGCCAGUCUGAACUAGGUGGCUUAUCUCAAGCCGGGCUGUGUUGCUAUAGUAACUAGGCCUGGCGUGCCACCGUGUUUAACUUUUCUAAGCCGGGCUUUAAUUGUUGCGGGGGGUCUUGCAUUGACUUCAGGUAACAAAAUGACCAAUCAGCAUUCAAUUACUUAUGGUGUGAGCGAGCGAACAUUUCGUGAGCAAUGUUUUGAAACACGUUUGAUGGUUAAGGUUCAUUAUUAUGAAAAUUCUCACGUCUGGCUAAUCCUGCUAGUCUGAACGCCUGCCAAAGUUAAGCUGGGCUUAGCUCAAGCCUGGCUUAAGUCUGAACGUAGCCUCAAAGAAAAUCUUUCCCACUGGAAGAACAGGCAAAUUUUGCCCGCAUAUACCACUCAUACUUAUCCCAAACAAUACGCACACUUCCUGUGUUUGUAACUGUAUACAAGUUAAGGUUUAUAGUUAUGGUUGGCUGUUAUUAUUUAUAAAGUUCUGUUUUGUUACUUAAUCUACUUCUAACUCAAGAUUGGUAUAUUCAACGCAAUAUAAUAAAAUAGUAGUAUUAUAGUGAUGUUGUACUAUUAUAUCUGAUGUCUGCUUAAUCGUAACUUGCAUUACAGCCCUCCAGUUAAAACAGCCUUGGAUUGAACCGGGGACCUAUAGAUUCUACCUCCACAGUUCAAUACACCUGGCUACCACCAGUUUAGCCGACUGGGCUAUGCUGCUCUGUGGUAAAUAAAGUGUUGUUUCAAAUAUAAUGUGGGAGAGUCAAUUGUUGAUCUACUAACUUAGGAAUUAAAAACUGUGUCGAGGUGACUGGCAUUCUACAACACUACGGUAGAAGGAUGAUGCCGGCUCCGUCCCCCUAAAUCCUCCUCCUGAUACUGAAUACAUCUGCCUAAACAAAAUUAUUCUGUUCUCUUCUCAGAUCAUCUAAUACACCAAAGAAAAAACGAUCCAGAAAGAAUUCAGGCAAAAUACCUGUUUGAAUGUUUGAUGUUUCAUUUUAUUUAUUCAUUCAUUUAGUUUUCGUUCAGUAGGGUAUCCCUUUCAGUGCAAAAAAUCCUGCAUUUCCGAGGGCCCUACAACUCAUUAAAAAUGUACAAAAAAUAUACAUAAACAUAUCUUAACUACAAAAUUGGAAAAAAAAAAUUAUUGUAUUUUUAAACAAUUAGCAUUAAAUCUAUAUACCUAAUGUGUUGGCCACGCCUGACCGACCCGAAAUUGAAGGGGGGCAUUUUUUUUUUUUUUGACUACAACGAAAAAUAUUUUUAAGCUAAGCCAAAAAGGCUGUUAGGCGAUGCGACAGUGUCAUGUGAUCGUUUUGCUCUUCAAUAUAGAUUUAAAAAUGGUCUUUGUUGUAUUUUUGUGUAUUUUCCUAUUAACCUACCCAUUUUUAAAAUUUUCCCAAAGCGUGGUCAACACAAGAUUCAUCAGAAGUUAAAAAAGGAGUGUUUACUUCACGGCUCUGUUUUUACCAAUACUUGCACCACGAUACACAAAAUCGUAUUGUCAAGUUUUUGAUAUGGCUCCACAGAGUAUGAAAAAAAAAAAAAAAAA